AUGUCGAACAGAACCAGCAUAUCAAGCAAGUCAUCGGCACCAUCCCUCGAUCCUACCUCUCCCCCGUCUUCAUCUAAGCGAAAGGCGCGAUCAACCACUCGUCUUGACUCCGCCGCAAUGGGUGGUGGUGAUAGCACUAAGCGAGACAAGUUCCUGGAGAGGAAUCGCAUCGCCGCGAGCAAAUGCAGACAACGGAAGAAAGAGUGGAUCAGUGGACUUGAAGAGACCAAAAACGGACUUGAGACUCAAAAUUCGCACUUACAGAUGGAAUACCAUGGUCUCUUGGGCGAAGUUAGCCGAAUGAAAACCCAGAUCAUGGCACACGCCAACUGCCAUGAUCCUAACAUCGAUAAGUGGAUUGAGAACGAGGCACGGCGAUUCGUCCAGGGUCAGGAACCCACAGAUUAUCAAACCUCCGUUGAUUUUGCGGGACCUGGACCGUACCCCAACCCCGGUGGCCCAUCAUUUCCCAUGAACUACGAGGGCUACCCUGACGAGGAAACCAACAUCGUCAUCAUCUUUGCCUUGGGACGUCUAAUUUGGAUGGUCCUCCCAUUCAUGCAAAAGCCCCCGCGCGUCGAGCAACCCUACACCAAGGACCGAUCCUUCAACUUACACGUUCUUCCCCGUGCGCAGGUUCAAAGAUACCACCGACGCAAGCAGCAUUGUCGGCCAAGCUUCAACACCCAUUGGAUCGCACAGAAGAAAGAGAUCGCCGAAGUUUCGUUUGCGUAUAAUAGGCAAGAUGUGAUGGGUUUGAAGAUGACCCAGGAUUUCUCGGAGUCCCAGCAGAGAUUAGGAAUAUUAAAGAAGCUCCGAGAGCCACAGCGGGAGUAUCAGCUUGCGCUGGUCGGCUGA